AAUUCAACGUUGGGAUUCAUAACGUCUCUCUCUCUCUCAAAUCCAAUCAUUUCCUGAAAGACAAAAACAAAAACAAAAUAAAAAUCGCGUUCAGACACACUCACAAUUCACACACCAACACCACCAAUCCCCAAUCUCUAACUUUUCCCGAGAAAAUUAUAAUUUCCAUUCUCUUUUCUCCCUCAGAUUCCCGGAAAAUAUAGUAUUCACAACGUUAUAUUUUGGCACCGCCAAGCUCCAAUUCAAUCCGUCGUCGUUUUCGCGAAUUCCGAAUGCGUCGACUUCGGGUUGGAGAAUGAGUUCUCCGUGCUCUUCUUGUGGCUGUUUGUUGGCGUUCUUGGAUCUCUCUUCAAACCCUCCACAAUCUCCUGUCCAAUUUUAACUCUCUUAGCUGGAAUUUGUUUAUUUUUUGUGAAUUGUAGUCAGUUUAACUAUGUAUCACACAAAGAAAUUUUCACCGGCUAGCAUGGUGCCGCAUAAAUCUCAAGGUGGUGCUGAACAGCUUGCAAAUGCUGGGGUUUUGGGUGGAUCGGCUGUAAAAACUGCUGCACCUUCUGGGGGAAGUGGGAAGCAACGUUUAAGGUGGACAUCUGAUCUUCAUGACCGUUUUGUGGAUGCCAUUACACAACUUGGUGGACCAGAUAGAGCAACACCAAAAGGUGUUCUUAGAGUGAUGGGUGUUCCUGGACUGACCAUUUAUCAUGUUAAAAGUCAUUUACAGAAAUAUCGCCUUGCAAAAUACUUGCCUGAAUCACCAGCUGAUGGUAAAGACCCUAAAGAUGAGAAGAGGAUGUCUGGGGACAGCAUUUCUGGUGCAGAUUCUUCCUCGGGAAUGCCAAUCAAUGAUGCCCUAAGAAUGCAGAUGGAGGUUCAAAAACGUCUGCAUGAGCAGCUUGAGGUUCAAAAGCAAUUACAAAUGAGAAUUGAAGCACAGGGUAAAUACUUGCAAAAGAUCAUAGAGGAACAGCAGAAAUUAGGUAGUACCUUGACAACCUCGGAAACCCUCCCUUUGUCCCAUGAUAAGCAAAAUCAUCCUCAGUCAGAGGCUUCUGGAUCUAGUGAUGCCCUUGCAAGCACUGUGUCUCCACUUAAAAAACAGAGAAUCGAUGAUGGUUCCAAGGAAGGCUUCACUGCUUCCCAAGUAAGAAAGAAUGACAAUGUUGGUCAGUUGGAUCCAAACUUAUAUGAUGAUGCUGGGUUUGGAUUUGAUUUGGAGACAAAAAAGGAUGAAGAUAAUGAGAGUGGACAGUAAGAACUAGGAUCCAUUUGUAGGUCAAUGUGUCUCAUUGUAAUGUUUAGUGUAUUUUUCUGGUAGAAAAUACAAAUCAUGCUUUGUAAAUUAUAUUUCACGCAAUCCAUUUGUACAUAUUAAUGUAGAUAUAGAUGCAUUCUUCUCUCCUGGUUUGAAAGUCAUAGACACUGCACUCUCCAUCCAACAGAAAUGCUUUGACUUGCAUUACACGUGUGGUCAUGGAUGAUGAAUGUUGGGUGCAUGAUACUUAUCGAUGUUCAAGUUAUGAUCUAAGUCAAUAUCAAAGGUAUCAAUUAGCUGGUGACGACAUUGUUUGAUCCUUGUAGCUAACCUAAUCAGGGGAGAAAGGACUUGGUUCUUAUUGUUGGAGAUAGUAAUGACCAGCUUCCCUUUAUAUUAGUUAUUUAAUUUAAUUAUGUAUUUUCUUCGAGGUUAAUGUUGUUCAGCAUAUUUAUACUUGUGAUUGUGAUGCUAUCUAACCUAUGAGGCUAUGAGUAA